AUGGUUCCACUCCUGCUCCUGCUGCUCGUGUCGUCUCACCAUCAACAUGGUUCAGAGGCAGAAUCGAGCCACAUCAGUAAAAUUCACCAUUCUAGCGUUAAAGAACAAAACGGAGUACAGAAUUCUCAGCAUGAGAGGGUGAUGAGUGUGAGUGAGGAGGGGAUGAUCCACAGUCCAGACUUCCCAAACACUUAUCCACGGAACACAGUGCUGGUGUGGAGACUGGUGGCAAUCAGUGAGAAUGCCAGAAUCCAGCUGACCUUCGACAAGCGGUUUGGCCUGGAGGAUGCAGAGGACGGCAUCUGCAAAUAUGACUAUGUGGAGAUAGAGGAGCCCAUUGGUGGAAUGGUGUUGGGUCGCUGGUGUGGAUCACAGGCCGUGCCUGGACCCCAGCUCUCCAAAGGAAAUCAGAUCCGGAUUCGCUUCACGUCCGACGAGUACUUCCCCUCUAACCCAGGAUUCUGCAUACACUAUUCUCUGUUCCUGCAGCAGAGAUCUGCGGAGCCAGAGGUCCCUCCGGUGUUGCCCCACACCCUACAGAGUAUAGAGGAGCUGAAUGAGGCAGUGGCAGGGUUCAGCACAGUGGAGGAGCUGAUGAAGUAUCUGGAGCCAGAGCGCUGGCAGCUGGAUAUGGAGAACCUGUAUAAACCCACCUGGCACACACUGGGAAAAUCCUUCUUCCAGACCAAAAAAGGCAAAGGAGUGGUGGAUUUGAACUUGCUGCGUGAAGAGGUACGUCUCUACAGCUGCACAUCCAGGAAUUUCUCUGUGUCUCUGCGGGAGGAGCUGCAGAGGACAGAUGCCAUCUUUUGGCCCAGCUGUCUGCUGGUGAAACGCUGUGGUGGGAACUGUGCCUGCUGUGCCCACCGCUGCUAUGACUGCCAAUGUGUGCCAACCAAAGUCUGCAGAAAAUACCACGAGGUGCUCAUGCUAAGGCACAGACCGGGCAGCCAUGGACUGCAGAAAGCACUCACAGACGUUCCUCUGGAGCACCAUGAGGAGUGUGGCUGUGUGUGCAGGGAUGGUCUUGACUAA